UGUCAAAUGUCGCAAAACGUAAGCUGUCGUUUGAGAGCGUUGUUAUUACGGGGUUUGUCUUGUUAAAAGUUAAAUUUAUUUAAGAAUAUAAAUUUGUAACAAAAAGUGAAAAUGCCAGCAUUAGAAGUGGCAACCACUACACCAGAAGAACCAGGUCCUAUAAAUCCAGUGGUGGGUAUUAUUUAUCCACCACCAGAGGUGAGGAAUAUUGUCGAUAAAACAGCAAGUUUCGUUGCGAGAAAUGGGCCGGAAUUCGAGGCCCGAAUCAGACAAAAUGAGUUAGGAAAUCCCAAAUUUAAUUUCUUGAAUCCUGGAGAUCCAUAUCAUGCUUACUACCAACACAAAGUUAAUGAUUUUAGAGAGGGCAAGGGGCAAGAACCCACUUCUACUCUACCAGCAGCCAUAUCAAAACUCACAGUCACAGCUGCCGCCCAACAGAAACAACAAGAAAUUCUUAAACAAGUGGAACAACCUUUCGUUCCCAAAGAUCCUCCAAGCGAAUUUGAAUUUAUAGCAGAUCCACCAUCAAUCUCAGCCCUAGAUUUGGACAUUGUAAAAUUAACGGCACAAUUUGUAGCGCGUAACGGACGACAGUUCCUCACACAACUAAUGAACAGAGAGCAGCGCAAUUUCCAGUUUGACUUUUUAAGACCUCAACAUUCCCUGUUUCAAUAUUUUACCAAGCUUUUGGAGCAGUACACAAAGGUGUUGAUUCCUCCAAAAAGUAUGCAACAGCGCCUCCGUGACGAGGCCAAAAGCGCAAAGUCCGUCUUGGAACAAGUUAAAUACAGAGCAGAAUGGUUGCGCUACCAGGAACAACAAAAGGCGAAACAGGAAGAAAUUUUAGAACGGGAAAGAGUGGCGUAUGCGCAGAUUGACUGGCACGACUUUGUGGUGGUUGAAACGGUAGAUUAUCAACCCUUCGAAAUCGGAAAUUUUCCGCCACCUACCACUCCUGAAGAAGUAGGCGCUCGUCUUCUUAUCCAAGAACGUUUUGAAGAAGGAGAAGAUAUAGAAAUGCAGCUUGAGAGCGACGAUGAAGAACAAACUCCAGCAGCUGAUGAAGGACUCAGUACGAUGCAGGAUCGAACCGGCCAACGCAAAGACGAUAACCGCGUUCAAGAUAUGGAGGAAGAAAGUUCUGAUGAAGAUGGAGGUGAUGACAAACAAUCAAAUCAACCUGCGAUUCAACCUCCGCUGCCGCCAGUACCUGACAAGGUCGUGGUCAAGAAAUACGAUCCAAAACAAGCUGUCAAGGUUACUCGACCUACCGUCGGCGACGACUACCUCAUUUCGCCCAUAACCGGUGAAAAAAUACCGGCGAGUAAAGUACAAGAGCACAUGAGAAUCGGAUUGUUGGAUCCACGUUGGGUGGAACAAAGAGAUAAACAAGUUUCUGAUAAAAUGAACCAGGAUUCGGUUUACGCCGCCGGUUCUGCAAUUGAUGCCAGUCUGAAACUGUUGGCGGAACGUCGUACCGACAUUUUCGGCGUGGGUGAUGAAGAAACUGCCAUUGGUAAAAAGAUAGGCGAGGAAGACGUGAGGAAAGAUGAGAAAGUCACGUGGGAUGGACACACGUCGAGCGUCGAAGCAGCUACGAGAGCGGCACGGGCUAAUAUUACGUUGGAGGAACAGAUUCAUCAAAUUCACAAAGUAAAAGGGUUACUCCCGGAUGAAGAAAAAGAGAAAAUUGGACCUAAAAAUGUGGUUGGAAGCGGUAAGGGUCAGAGUAAAGUCACAGGGGCGGCUAUUAUUUCAGCUAAACCACAGGCAAAUCCGAAUCCAACGCCCAAAACGACUCCAGUAUCGUCAGUGAUGCCUUCACAAACUCAAACAAUCACUCUCUCAGUUACACAACAGCCCACGAUGUUGGCACCCCAAGCCUCGAUUAUGAUGAUGCCAGCGCCACCUAUGGCACCCAUGCGCCCGCCUCCACUCAUGAUGGCGGCCCCUCCACCGAUGGCUGGCUUCGUCACACCCAUGCCUCCCCAGAUGGGUCCGCCGAUGGGCAUGCCCGUUAAACAUCCCAGUGAAGGGCAAAUGGAGGACGAGCCGUCUAACAAAAAAAUGAGGAACGAAGAUUCUCUUAUUCCGGAAGAAGUGUUUCUAUCUAGGAAUCCGAAUCCAGUGGCGAUCAAGAUUGCUAUUCCGUUAAUACCAGAGAAGACGGAAUGGAAAUUGACAGGGCAGAUGCUGAGUUUGAACGUACCUCUUUCAGAGAGUGUGUCGUCAAUUAAGGCGAAAAUACAAGAAGAGACAAAUAUGGCGCCUGCUAAACAAAAGUUGUUCUAUGACGGUAUGUUUUUCAAAGAUUCAAACACUCUUGCAUAUUACAACAUUAUCACCGGAGCCGUCAUACAACUACAAGUGAAGGAGAGAGGUGGACGGAAGAAGUAAUUUAUUUUCUAAGAAUUGUAAGUAGAUAAGUAGCGAAACCUUGUAUUAAAAUUUACUAUAGUUCAACAAUUGUAUUGAUAAAUAACAUAUUUUAACAAAAUGUCAACAAUAAAAUAAAUAUGGAAUCA